CAAGGCUGGGCACUCCCCUGGGAGUGAGGGUUGCUGGGCUUGAUGACGUGGCUUGGCAACGUCCCUACUGGCGCUGCCUCCCGGGAACCUGGCGCCGCCGGAACUGCCCGCGGCCUAGUCCCGACGCGCGUGUGCUAGUGGGCCGGAGCCGGGACAGCAGCAGCGGCAGCGGCAGCGGCGGCCCGGCCUGCGGGAGCCCGACGGGGCAGCUGCCAUGGGGGAGUGACGCGCCUGUUCCCGCUGUUCCGCGACAGCGGCGAGACAUGAGGAGACCCCGCGGCAGGGGCAGCGGCGGCGGCUCGUGAGCCCCGGAAUGGAGGAGAAAUACGGCGGGGACGUGCUGGCCGGCCCCGGCGGCGGCGGCGGCGGCGGCCUCGGGCCGGUGGACGUACCCAGCGCUCGAUUAACAAAAUACAUUGUGUUAUUAUGUUUCACUAAAUUUUUGAAGGCUGUCGGACUUUUCGAAUCAUAUGAUCUCCUAAAAGCUGUUCACAUUGUUCAAUUCAUUUUUAUAUUAAAACUUGGGACUGCAUUUUUUAUGGUUUUGUUUCAAAAGCCAUUUUCUUCUGGGAAAACUAUUACCAAACACCAGUGGAUCAAAAUAUUUAAACAUGCAGUUGCUGGGUGUAUUAUUUCACUCUUGUGGUUUUUUGGCCUCACUCUUUGUGGACCACUAAGGACUUUGCUGCUAUUUGAACACAGUGAUAUUGUUGUCAUUUCACUACUCAGUGUUUUGUUCACCAGUUCUGGAGGAGGACCAGCAAAGACAAGGGGAGCUGCUUUUUUCAUUAUUGCUGUGAUCUGUUUAUUGCUUUUUGACAAUGAUGAUCUCAUGGCUAAAAUGGCUGAACACCCUGAGGGACAUCAUGACAGUGCUCUAACUCAUAUGCUUUACACAGCCAUUGCCUUCUUAGGUGUGGCAGAUCACAAGGGUGGAGUAUUAUUGCUAGUACUGGCUUUGUGUUGUAAAGUUGGUUUUCAUACAGCUUCCAGAAAGCUCUCUAUCGACGUUGGUGGAGCUAAACGUCUUCAGGCUUUAUCUCAUCUUGUUUCUGUGCUUCUCUUGUGCCCAUGGGUCAUUGUUCUUUCUGUGACAACUGAGAGUAAAGUCGAGUCUUGGUUUUCUCUCAUUAUGCCUUUUGCAACGGUUAUCUUUUUUGUCAUGAUCCUGGAUUUCUAUGUGGAUUCCAUUUGUUCAGUCAAAAUGGAAGUUUCCAAAUGUGCUCGUUAUGGAUCCUUUCCCAUUUUUAUUAGUGCUCUCCUUUUUGGAAAUUUUUGGACACAUCCAAUAACAGACCAGCUUCGGGCUAUGAACAAAGCAGCACACCAGGAGAGCACUGAACACGUCCUGUCUGGAGGAGUGGUAGUGAGUGCUAUAUUCUUCAUUUUGUCUGCCAAUAUCCUAUCAUCUCCCUCUAAGAGAGGACAAAAAGGUACCCUUAUUGGAUAUUCUCCUGAAGGAACACCUCUUUAUAACUUCAUGGGUGACGCUUUUCAGCAUAGCUCUCAGUCAAUCCCUAGGUUUAUUAAGGAAUCACUAAAACAAAUUCUUGAGGAGAGUGACUCUAGGCAGAUCUUUUACUUCUUGUGCUUGAAUCUGCUUUUUACCUUUGUGGAAUUAUUCUACGGCGUGUUGACGAACAGUCUGGGCCUGAUCUCAGAUGGAUUUCACAUGCUCUUUGACUGCUCUGCUUUGGUCAUGGGACUUUUUGCUGCCCUGAUGAGUAGGUGGAAAGCCACUCGGAUUUUCUCCUAUGGGUACGGCCGAAUAGAAAUUCUGUCUGGAUUUAUUAAUGGACUUUUUCUAAUAGUAAUAGCGUUUUUUGUGUUUAUGGAGUCAGUGGCUAGAUUGAUUGAUCCUCCAGAAUUAGACACUCACAUGUUAACACCAGUCUCAGUUGGAGGGCUGAUAGUAAACCUUAUUGGUAUCUGUGCCUUUAGCCAUGCCCAUAGCCAUGCCCAUGGAGCUUCUCAAGGAAGCUGUCACUCAUCUGAUCACAGCCAUUCACAUCAUAUGCAUGGACACAGUGACCAUGGGCAUGGUCACAGCCACGGAUCUGCAGGCGGAGGCAUGAAUGCUAACAUGAGGGGUGUAUUUCUACAUGUUUUGGCAGAUACACUUGGCAGCAUUGGUGUGAUUGUAUCCACAAUUCUUAUAGAGCAGUUUGGAUGGUUCAUCGCUGACCCGCUCUGUUCUCUUUUUAUUGCUGUAUUAAUAUUUCUCAGUGUUGUUCCACUAAUUAAAGAUGCCUGCCAGGUUCUACUCCUGAGAUUGCCACCAGAAUAUGAAAAAGAACUACAUAUUGCUUUAGAAAAGAUACAGAAAAUUGAAGGAUUAAUAUCAUGAGACCCUCAUUUUUGGCGUCAUUCUGCUAGUAUUGUGGCAGGAACGAUUCAUAUACAGGUGACAUCUGAUGUGCUAGAACAAAGAAUAGUACAGCAGGUUACAGGAAUACUUAAAGAUGCUGGAGUAAACAAUUUAACAAUUCAAGUGGAAAAGGAGGCAUACUUUCAACAUAUGUCUGGCCUAAGUACUGGAUUUCAUGAUGUUCUUGCUAUGACAAAACAAAUGGAGUCCAUGAAAUACUGCAAAGAUGGUACUUACAUCAUGUGAGAUAACUCAAGAAUUACCUCUGGAGUAUGAACAAUGAAGAUUAAAUGACUCAGUAUUUGUGACAUUGCCAGAAGGAUAAAAUUUCACAUUAACUGUACAGAAACAGAGUUCCCUACUACUGGAUCAAGGAAUCUUUCUUAAAGGAAAUUUAAAUACAGAAUGAAGCAUUAUGGUACAAGUGGAGUAAUUAUUUAAAUUAUGUGUAUAAAAGGAAUCAAAUUUUGAGUAAACAUGAUGUAUUACAUCAUCUUCAAAAAUAGAUAUGAUGGAUUCUAGUGAAGACCAAAAUUACUUCUGUUUACUUUCUAUCAGGAAGCAUCUCUAUUGUAAAUAUGUAUUUACAUGUUUAUUACAAAGACCCAAAUGAAAAAUUUUUAGUCCAUUUUUUGCAUAGCCUAAGGAUAAAAUAGGAAUAAAAGUUCUAUAUUUAUGGAUUUUCUGUAUAUAAAACUGGUUUCUAAUUAUAACUUAAGUCCAUUAAGUAAAAUCUGUAUUGCCACUUUAAAUGUAAACUAAAUUAUUUGGGAGAAACUUCAACCACUGAUAUAAGCAGUGAGAAUAGGGAAGUGUAUAACAUCACAGUUUUUGAUGUAUUACAAAAAUCAACCACUCUAUAAAAUAAAUUUUUUUUACUUUUGGUAAUAUUUGCAAAUGAAUAAUUUAUUAGGUUAAAGAACUUAUACUAAGUUGUGUCCAUGUUAUUCAUUUACUUACCAUGUUCCUUUAAAGUAGAAUAUUUCAUUUCUUGUUAUAUAUUUGACAUUCCAAGCUGCUUAUCAAGCUGGUAUCCAAGCAGUGGUAAGCUUUCAUCCUUUCUUAGCUCCAUAAUGUUGUGAAACAGCCAGUUAAGACAAUCGUAAAUAAUUGUCAACUCACAGUUGAAUUCUCUGCCUAUGGAGGUAACUUUUUUCUAAUUUCUGGAACAUACAUAAGAAAUACCAAAGAAUAGGUAGUUAUUUCAAAAUUUAAUAAGUAAAACUUGUCCAUAAACAUUUGAGCACCAUGAAAUCAAAAUACCCUAUAACUACUUUCUAUAGUCAUAUCCAAUUUAUAUUUUUUUUAUUUCCAGUUGUAACUAGAUAUGUAGUAAAGUCUCAAAAGACUUUACGAUAGAUAAUAACAUGCAGUUUUAUCAGCACCAAAGAAUGUUGUCCAAAAGAAACUUUUUAGUACCUGUCUAUUUAUAACCAUUUGAAUAUUUUCAUUCUUAUAUUAAGAAUUUUGAUAAGUAGGUUGAAUUUAGUAUGAGUACUAUUUUCUUAUAUAUAACACAAUGGCAAACAUGUAUUAUAAAUCAUAUUUUUGUCUUACCAAUUUUAAUAUAUGAGGGAUUUUAGAAAUUUGUUGUAAGUUAUUUUUAUAUUUCUUGUCUUUUGCAUAUUUUUUUGCCAAAAUCUUCAAUACAUAUUAAAAUUUUUGAGUGGUGGGAAAA